AUGGCGGCCAAUAUGGCCGCCAAUGAGAACGGCAAGGUCACAUCCAACUCCUCCAAGUGCUCCCGUUGCGUGAAGGGCCACAAGACCUGUGAAGUGCUUGCGCGCGAGGAUCGACCAAUUUUGGUCAAUCUAUUUGCAUUUCUAGCUGCCGGGCAGUUCCCCAAGACCAAGGCGGAGUACCUUGAAUCCCCAUCCGUCCAGGCAGUUCGAACUCCCGCCCGCCGUCUCCUUCAUCGCCUCAAACUUGAGAACAAGAUCGCCCGCGCUCAAUCCUCAGCCGCCGACGCCGCUGCUGUCGCCGUCCAAGAAGCCAGUGAGGCAGCCGCACGCGCGCAAUUUAUGGAGCUCACGGCACUUCAGGUGCAAAUCGACAUUGCCAACCAUCUCCGCUGCCUCACGCAGUACAUGUUAUCGGGUGUUCGAGGCAGCGACGUCGCUCCAUGCUACACGAUGCCCGAGCGUGUUGGGCCUGAGACGGUCCCCGCGGGCCUGAACUUUACCGCUUCCGACGACGACGAUGAGGAAGAAGAGGAAUAG